CCACUCUCAAACGAAAAAACAUUAAAAAAAAAAAAUGGAUCGUAGAAGCGGGUUUGCGGUUGCUUUGAUCUGCAUUGUGGUGGCUGGUGUCGGCGGUCAAGCUCCGGGCGCCGCACCUACUAAAGCUCCGCCGACAACGACUACUCCUGCUACUGCUCCCGCUACAGCUCCUGUGAGUAAACCUAAAUCACCAGCUCCAACAGCAGCUCCAACCGCUUCUCCAACCACUUCUCCACCAACUUCUUCACCACCAGCUGCCGCUCCGGAGAAGUCUGCGGCUGUUCCAGCUCCAUCUAAAUCUGCUCCGGCUUCUUCUCCUCCGGCUGCUACCCCAGUAAGUACGCCACCUGCUCCAGUUCCUUUGAGCUCUCCUCCAGCCCAAUCGCCUCCCGCUCCUGCACCGACAACUCCUCCAGAGAGCUCGGCCUCUCCUCCGGCUCCUGUUGCAGCACCAACUACAGCUGAGGUUCCGGCACCAGCUCCAAGCAAGAGCAAGAAGAAGUCUAAGAAACACAAUGCUCCUGCUCCUUCACCCGAGUUGCUUGGACCUCCCGCUCCACCAACUGGAGCUCCUGGACCUAGCCUCGACGCUUCCUCUCCCGGCCCUUCUGUCGCUGCCGAUCAGAGUGGAGCAGAGACAAUCAAGAGCGUGCAGAAGAUAAUUGGAGUGUUGGCAUUGGGAUGUGCAGCCAUUGCUUUGAUCUUUUAGAGGAGACAUCUGCUUUGAUCUUCACAUUUGAUGAUGUACUAUUUAUUUAUUUUUUUCCUUUUAAAUUCUACUUGCAUAAUGGUGUGGUUUUAUCCAUUGGGAUUUUACCACAUUUGCUUUUGUAAUUCUUUGCGAGAAGUUUGAAAGGGGGAAGACAUUUUUAUUUUUUGGUGUAAUUCCGCUACUUUAUUCCCUUUUGGACAAUUUGUUUUUUAGGAUACGCUUUUCUUUCCUAUCCUUUGAUUCCUUUC